AACAUCAUCGGUGCUGCCAACUUUUGCAAACAUUUAAAAUGUGCGCCUAUGCAAUUUGAAGUCUCGCUUUUUAUUUUAAGUUGACACUGCCCUAUGUGUCUCUUUAUGAACCAGGGCACAUUGAAAUUCAGUCUCAAUUGUCGCACGGGCUUGUCAACUAAUAUUCCUUUGAGGUAUUCAGUUAUUAUAUUGCUUUCCUAUAUUAGCAAUUAGCAAUGCCACGCGGUAAGUUCUUGAACCACAAAGGUCGCAGCCGCCAGUUUACACCCAUCGAAGAGCUGCUGCGGGAACAAGAGCUGGAAGUGAAUCUCGAUGUAAAGAGCGAAGGCAAUGGGAAUCGAGUGCAGCGUCAGUCAGAUAACGAUAACAAUGACAAUGUGUUCAAUCAAUUUAAUAACACAAAUGCCGAUAUACAAAGGAUCAAGAAGGUGGGCGGACCUGUCGAAGGACUCAUUGUGAUCUCAAAUCCAAAUCGCCCACAUAAAUCCAAAUCCGUCAACGAUUUGCUGCUGGUCGAGGACUGUAACAAGCGUUGCAUUGAAAAGGGACGUGGAACUGACAUUCAGAAAACUGUGAGCGAGGUCAGGGCGGAUCUAGCUCGGUUGGCGCUGGUGCGUAAGAAUCGAGAGGCAGCUGCUGAGAUCCGUUUGGCUGCGAAGCGAGAUAAUAAUCCGAAGCCAUUGGUGGCUCCCAUUAUUACAGUUAGCAAAUCGUUCAAAUCUAACAGCAAAUCCACUCCCUCGAGUCCAUCGAAGGGAGAUGACAUUGUGACGAAGAAGAAGAAGAAUCGAAAAUCUGCACUCGGGGCCAAUCAGUUUCUCAAGUCGGAUGACGAUAGCUACUACAACAAUACUAGCAAUGAAAACAUUCGAAAAAUAAUGAAGGUGCGCAACGGGAAUAAACGAAAUGUUCGCAUGCAUAUUUAAAAACGAAAAUCAUAGCAAGCAUGUCAGCAAACUGAAUUAAUAAAAAACUAGUCAUUUCGAUAUAAUUUCUAGUUUGUUUUGAUAAGUAAAUUUUGAGUAAUAAUCACAAAUAAGUUCAAAAAGGAAAUUCUUUUCCUCUCGUGACAUUCAAAUUUAUUAAUUGUAAAGUGUGGCAACACUUAAGGUAACAUUUUAGCAGCCGGCAAAAAAAAAUUCCAAAAAACAACCAACGGCUAAGGGCUUUUGCAACAUUAUUAAAAUUCGA